UUCAAAUUUCGAAUUUCUUUAUAAACGAUGAGAGGAGAAGCUGAUACUUGGCCAGAGAUGGAGGCGGUAGCUAGGAAGAUGGUGGAGGAGGUUGAAACAGAGAGCAGUGGAUCAUCUGAAGCUGAGACGGAGUCUCCGAGAUCCGUUGGACGUUGGGGAGGUGCUUCGAUCUUGGGGAAGACGGUUAAGGAGCGAGUACAUAGCCAGGUUUUGAAGAUCAAGGAGGAGGAUCUCUGUGUUCUUGUCGAAGACAGAGCCGCGAAUAGUAAAUAUCUUCGUGAUCCACGUCGUCUUGGUUUGGUCUUGAUCACGAGGCCGAAUCUUCCAUGUUCUCCUCUCAGUGGAAGAGUGAAGUCCGUUAACGCUGUUCAGCGAUAAUUUACAAAUAUUUUAAAUUGAUCAAGGUGAUUUGAUCUCUGCGUUUUCUUAUAGUUUAUCUGUUUUUUCUUCUCUUUUUAACUUUUUGUGUUAUUUAUGGAAAGUCUUAUUAGAGUCUUUUUUUUUUUCUUGUCAUAAUGUCAUGUGCAUAUAAACCGUGAAUGUAU